UUAUUAUUGUUGACAUAAGUGGAAAUAGGCUGCUUGUAUACUGAUAAUACUUGUUACUUUUAAUAAGUACUAUCGUAUAUCUUGCCGCGCAGCCUUUGAUUCAUUAAUAUUUAACAUAACUGUCGUUUAGAGUGUUCACUAAGGCACUUAUGAAAAGAAAAUGAGUCCGUUGCAAUGGAUCCGUUAACUGUGUCAUCUAGCCCAUAGACAUUUAUCAUAAGGCUGGAGAAUUGGCCGACCGCCCGGAACUUCCCGAGUGUCUAUCCAUAGAAUCUCUGUUUCUUAGAUAUCUGUCAAAUUUAUUACGUCAUUAAAGUGCUCCAUGUGAGAGUCUGGGAGUUACAUUUACAGAUGUCAUGUGAUAUCUUAAUGUUUGACAUCAGAAUACUAAAGAAAGUCGUUUUUCAUCCACUCGCGUGCUGUUUUAUUAUGACAUUAUUGUUAUUUUUUUAGACCGGAUAUUGCUCAUAACAACAUAUUUAAUAAUGUGGGCGAUUUGACAUUUAGUCUUAAGUAUGUGUGAAAAGAAAUAAUCUGUAGGCUAAGGCUAUCCUGUAGGCAAUCGGUCGCGUUAACUGACUUGUUAUUUUGAAAGCAAUGCUAAAGUUCUUUGUAAGCAUGAAUGUGUUAAAGGAAAGUUUUGUCUUAAAGAGGUAUGACGAAAAAAACUCAGUCUGCUGUCUUCCGUGAAAAAAUCAUAUUGCGCGUAAACAGCGAGCAGAUUGGAAGCAAACAGUAUCCAGUAAAUACGCCGAUCGCAGAAACACCCACAAUUUCAGCUAUAAUAACGAAUGUCUAGUCCUUAAAACGACACACAUACGCACAGAAGAGGUCAACUAUAUAAAGUGCAGACAAGGCGUCACGUUUCCACAAGGACGAUGUUUUACGAGCUGUGGCGUUAUUUUUUCUACGCGUCUGCGUGCGGCGCAAGAGUCCAGUUCGGUUUUUACGUGAAGCUCCAAAAAUCUAUGAAAUGUGUUUGCAUGUUCUUCUCCGCGAGCAGGGAUGUAGAGGUGGGAUAGCAAGAAUCGAAAGGUUGGAGCCCACACGCUCGCCUCCGAGAAAGUACGUUUUACAAUAAUUUAUCAUUCCGUUUCCCUCGCGCUUAUUUCUGGCGAGGGUUUAAAUAAUUCUGCUGGGUGAGAAUUUGAUUUUUCCCUCUUUUUGACAUCAAUCUCCGCAGCAGGCACGGAGACGGACCGCUUGGACAGUGGGUUCCCUCCCCUCCACUCGGAUCUGCUUUGCUUUUGGUUCCCUGUCAGGAAGAUGCGGACGAGGGCGGGGCUUUAGACUGCAGUCCAGGGCUGUGGGGGCUUUCCAUUGGCUGAUUCUUCAGAGGGGGAGGCGCCACUCACGCCAGGGCCCGUGAACAGACUCCCUGGUGCGCCGGACCAUGUCGGGCGGCGGACGUCCGGAGGCGGGCCAGGCCGCCGAGGCGCUGGACAAGGGCGGCCGCGGGGAGGAGGGGGGCGACCGCGCGGCCCCGCCCCCCCAGGAGCGGCGGAACCGCAGCGGCAUCAUCAGCGAGCCGCUCAGCAAGAGCCUGAAGAAGUCGCGGGCGCUGUCCCAGUACACCGCCAGCUGCUCCAACGCCAACGGACUGGCGCAGAACGGCGUGGCGGCGCCCGCCUCGCACCGGCACGGCUCUGCGGCGGCCCGGGCCGAGCGCGUUUCGGAACUGACCCUGGAGGGGCAGAACGGGCUCAACUUCGCCCAGGCGGCGGAGCUCCUGAAGCGGGCCGGCAUGCUGCUGCCCGGGGAGCAGGGGGCGGGGUCGGGCGGCGACCUGGAGGGCGUGUCCGCCGGCGACACCGUGGGCAGCCCCGCGGACUUCCCGUACCUGGGCGGCUUCCCCUUCAACCCGGGCCUCUUCAUCAUGACGCCCGCGGGCGUCUUCCUCGCCGACAGCGCGCUGCACAUGGCCGGCCUGGCGGAGUACCCCAUGCAGAGCGAGCUGGCCUCCGCCAUCGGCUCCGGCAAGAAGAAGCGGAAACGCUGCGGCAUGUGCCAGCCCUGCCGCCGGCGCAUUAACUGCGAGCAGUGCAGCAGCUGCCGCAACCGCAAAACCGGACACCAGAUCUGUAAAUUUCGCAAGUGCGAGGAACUUAAAAAGAAGCCGUCCGCGGCUCUGGAGGUGAUGUUGCCGACAGGAGCCGCGUUCCGAUGGUUCCAGUAGGACUCCGCCCCCCAAAGCUCUGUCAUCAAGUGCAAUGCCCCGCCCCCCUCCACUCCCCACUCACCUGGAUUAUCUAUGGAAUGGAUUUUCCAGCUGAACACAAAAAAAUAGCAAGACAAGUGAACAAACGGAACAAAACAAAAAAAUUCAAAAUGAUUAAAAAUAAUGGAUGCACCUACUUUUUCUCCUGAACCAAAAAUAAACAUUAUGAAGUUUAUGGCAACUCUCAUUCCUUUUUUUAUGUUCCAUUUUGGUACCCUUUCGUCCUUUUUCAAAAGAGUUUCAGUCACUUUCACACGGAACUGUUCAACUGCCAAACAGAAAAAGUCUGACUGAGAGAGGACAAUCAACAGAUCUCUGUGUUUGGUGUAUAUGUCGUUCAUGUGUGGAAAGAUUUAAAAAAGUACUUGUGUAGAGAAUGUAAAUUUUACGGCUAUAUUUUAAAACCUAGUGACUAAUGACAAGCACUAUUGUAAUUUAGCACCAUUGUUCUUACUUACCACCUCCUGUAUUUUUGAUUGGUUCUUAUUUUUAUUUUUUUGUUUUUGUCAUAAAUCUAUAGUUUUGCAAUUGCUCAAUGUUUGUUAUUAAAAUAUAAAAAAAGAAAAAAAAAACAAUUUUUGAGAUGUAGCAUCCCGUUUUCUGAUCGAAGAUUAUUAUUAUUUUUUUUAUUUCUGGGAGAAUGCUGUGGUGUCUCCACACAUCGCCCCAACCUUUAUCCCACCCCAAUUUGGGUGACAUAAUUUACUGGAGCCAAUAGGAAGCUCCCAACAGCCCAAAAGCUUCCUUCUCAACUUGAUGGAUUUUUAUUUUGUAAAACUGGUAACCUCAUGUUCCCCCUGAUUUUCUACGGAGGGCUGUGGUUCUGAUGGGGACCGGUUCAGUCCGGAGGACGUGGUACCGUUCCCAAUCCAAGCUUAAGCACUGAGAGAAUUUCAUUUUCCCAUGAUGCUACCAGACCUACAUCUUUAAAAAAACAAAAAGGAAAAAAAAAAGAAACAGUGAUGUUUGUAUUCAUUUAGAAAUUUGGGCUGGUUUUGUGAAUAAAAAUGAAUGCAUGUAUUUGUGUCAAAAUCUACA